GAGCUUUCCCUUUCCUCCACCGUUGCUUCCCCUCCGCUAAGCGGAUGAGCAGGAAACCUAGCCGGAGCGAGCUGGUGUGCUAAGCAGGAAGAAUUCAACAGAAUCAGGAACCCUAAUCGAGUAGUCUCAAAGGUCAAGGAUGGGGAAGAAGCAGCGUAUCAAGGACAGAAUGUUCAUAACCAAAACAGAGAGGGGCGGCGCCAAAUACAGGGAUAUUCUCACCCCCUUAAGAUGCCUCCCCUUCCAUUGCUGCGUGAAUAUCAUUCCUUACAUUAGGAAGUAUGGGAAACAUCCAGUCACCGGAGCUCCUUUGAAGCAAGAGGAUCUCAUCCCACUUACUUUGCACAAGAAUUCUGAAGGAGACACGAGAGAUGUCCAGGCAUUUUCUCUAUAGAAUCUGCAAUAUGCCUUUCUGAAAACAGGAUAGGAUAAACCCCUUUUCUCGUCACAUAAGUGACAUAACUACCUACGAAACAUUAGUGCUACUGAAGGCAUUUUCCGUGCUUCUAUUUGUUUACUCUCAUUAUGUGAGUAUGUAACAGCAAUUAUAUCCUAUGCAAGAGAGUAUCAUUGCCCGGUGCUAAACAAAGUUUUCACUGAAUUUACACGCAUAGUUGCUGUGAAGACCACUGGAAACGUAUUCUGUUAUGAGGCAAUUAAAGAGUUAAACAUCAAGACCAAAAACUGGAAAGAGCUACUUAACGAUGAACCUUUUACUAAGGAACAUCUUAUAACAAUUCAGAAUCCUAAUGCAAUGGAAAGUAAGGUAACCCUGGAUUUGAUCAUGUUAAACAUAGUUUGAAGGUUGAUGCUGAAGAACUACAGAAAAUGAGUUCAGAUCCCAUGUACAACAUAAACGUCUCUGGAGAUAUCGAGCAGAUGCUUAAGAAGCUUGGAACUGAGAAAGGAAGGCCGACUGCUCUACUUGGUGGUGGUGGUACUAAGGCACAAAAUGAAAGGGCUGAUGCUCUUGCUGCCACUUUAGCUGCAAGGUCAUGUGUUAAAGAGGAUUCAAAAUCAGAUUCAAACGGAGGGAAUAAAGCUCGACAGGCUUACAGUAUUGUAGAUGCUGCAUCUGCUUCAGUACAUGAAAGAACUGCUGCUGCAGCAAAAGCUGUCUCAAGUGAUAAAACUGCUGCUUGGAUAACCAUGCAUACGGCUGGAGAAAGGGACCCUGUGAAUGCUAAGAUGGUUAAGAGUGGUUUUACAACUGGCGCUGCUUCAUGUCCUUUACUGCUACCUCUUAUAAUCCUGUCAUGAAAAAUGAAUUUGAAUAUAUCAAAGUUGAGAAAGACCCUAAAAAGAUAGGUUAUGUUCAGCUGCAUACAACACAUGGCAAUUUGAACAUUGAGCUGCACUGUGAUUUUACUCCAAGAAUGUGUGAGAACUUUAUCACUCUCUGUGAACGUGGCUAUUAUAAUGGAGUGGCUUUCCAUAGAAAACAUCUGAAGAGACUUUAUGAUUCAAGGUGGUGAUCCUACUGGUACUGGGAGGUGAGGUGAAUCAAUAUGGGGAAAGCCUUUCAAAGAUGAAUUGAACUCUUGAGUUGCUUCCAGAAGAGGUGUUAUAGUAUGGCAAACAGUGGCCCUCACACCAAUGGUUCACAAUUUUUUAUCCUGUACAAGUCUGCCAAUCAUUUAAACUUCAAACAUACAGUUUUUGAAGGUAUUGUUGGGGGCUUGACUACAUUGGCGGGAAUGGUCCCUGUUGAUGACAAUGACUGACCUUUGGUAGGUCACUGUGUUCAAUUAUUUUUUCUAUAACCAAUGAAUAGUGAUAUAUGGA